AAUGAGGCUGUUGAACUUGAAAGCUGGAUUUUUAAGGCGGAGGGCUCCAGACUCGCCCUUGUCGGCCAGACCACAGCCGCAAGAAGCGCAAAAAUGGGCAGAAUCAUUUACUGCGCUUAUGGCAUCCAAAUACGGAUCUUCUCUUUAUCGCGCAUUCUUACUACGAGAAUUCAGCAACGAGAAUCUGGAAUUUUGGCUGGCCGUUGAAGAAUACAGGAAUUCUAAACCCCAAAAGAUGGCUGCUAAGGCUCAACAAAUUUACAAUGACUUUGUCGCUGUCCAGUCAUCCAAAGAGGUCAAUCUCGAUUCCGAAACGAGACUCAUCACAUUGAAUAAUGUUCAGUCUAACAAUCCAGAUCAGCACGCAUUCGAUCGAGCCCAAAGACGCAUCCAGCACAUGAUGGAGCGAGACUCUUACCUACGUUUUCUCCAGUCUGAACUCUUUCUUGAACUCGUUCAAACGAGCCAAUGUCCAACAUCAACCGGCUGCGGUACAAACGUCUCUUCGUCAGUUCUAUAAAAACAAGAAAAUCACCAGCACCCGAUGUGUAACUGUACAAACGGAAGGCUUUACCAGGAUGGCUGGAAUGAUUUUCGUAAGGCACCGUCCCUCACAUUCGAUGUGAAAUUGUUUAGCUCUCGCACACUGUGAUAUUAGUCGGCGUCGAAUUUGUUUUUCUACUUUUUCUAACGUUGCUUGUUUGAAUUAUAUUUUCUAGAAAUAUCCAUGUUUUUCUGUGAAAUUCUAGUCCGUUUCUGAAACGGAUGGUUCCUCUUGCCAAUCUCUUAUCUGUGUCUGUGAAACGCUACCAAAGAGCCGUUUCCUUUCAGUAAUGUUAUUGAAAUCUUCAUUCAGAAUUAAGUUAGGUAAAAAUUGAUUUGUUUAAUGCCCUUUGAUAAAAGAAACCGUGGUGGUCAGUGGACCUCAAUUCUUCUAUUGUUGUUAUCUCUAUUUUGAUACUGAUCGUACAGUGAUAUCUACUUUUUUUUAAACAAAUGGUCACAUUAUUUCAUAAAACGUACUGUAUGCACUAAAUUGACUACGUAAUGACAUGGAACAAUAAA